AUGAUCAAAGCGAUUCUCGUUUUCAACAAUCACGGGAAACCUCGUCUACUCAAAUUCUAUCAACACUACAGCGAAGAGCAACAACAGCAAAUCGUUCGCGAGACUUUCCAACUUGUCUCCAAACGUGACGACAAUGUGUGCAAUUUCCUGGAGGGCGGUACACUAAUCGGCGGGAAUGAUUACCGUUUAAUCUAUCGGCACUACGCGACACUCUAUUUCAUCUUUUGUGUCGACAGUUCGGAGAGCGAAUUGGGAAUUCUCGAUUUGAUUCAGGUUUUCGUUGAAACACUCGAUCGUUGCUUCGAAAAUGUUUGCGAGCUCGAUUUGAUCUUUCACGUGGACAAGGUGCAUCACAUUCUCGGCGAAUUGGUUAUGGGCGGAAUGGUUUUGGAGACAAAUAUGAGCGAGAUUCUACUCCGAAUACAAGAACAAGAGAAAUUGGAGAAACAAGAGGCGGGCAUCUCGGCUGCUCCAGCUCGUGCUGUUUCCGCUGUCAAAAGUAUGAAUCUUCCUCAGCAAAUCAAAGAUCUCAAGCUGCCCGAUUUGCCUGGUUUGAGCAAUUUGAAGAACGCUUUC